GGCUGGAAAGAGGAAGGAGAAAUAACAACAACAGCAACGCCGCUGGACCUGGGCGGGUGACAGCGAGACUUGAGUCGUCAGAUUAGUUAUUUUCAGUUGUUUAUCUCUUUAAAUAACAAUAUACGUUCCAGUCUCAUCUACGUCUGUUAAUAAGUGCAAUAUGUCGGUGUUCGGAAAGUUAUUUGGAACGGGGGGCAAGGGGGCGAAAUCGGCGAGCCCUCAGGAGGCUAUACAGCGACUUCGGGACACAGAAGAAAUGUUGGCGAAGAAACAAGAAUUUCUGGAAAAGAAAAUCGACCAGGAACUCCUCACAGCCAAAAAGAAUGGGACGAAAAACAAACGAGCUGCUCUUCAGGCGCUGAAGAGGAAGAAGCGAUACCAACAGCAGCUGUCUCAGAUCGACGGCACGCUGUCCACCAUCGAGUUCCAGAGGGAGGCUCUGGAGAACGCCAACACGAACACAGAGGUGCUGAAGAACAUGGGCUUCGCUGCCAAGGCCAUGAAGUCUGCUCACGAGAACAUGGACAUAGACAAGGUGGAUGACCUUAUGCAGGACAUCACAGAGCAGCAGGAGCUGGCCCAGGAGAUCUCCGACGCCAUCUCCAAACCUGUGGGCUUCGGGGAGGAGUUUGAUGAGGACGACCUGUUAGCAGAGCUGGAGGAGCUGGAACAAGAGGAACUGGACAAGAACAUGCUGGAGAUUGGAGGAACCGAGGACGUUCCUCUACCAAACGUACCAUCCACCUCCUUACCUUCCAGACCAGCCAAGAAGAAGGAAGAGGAAGACGAGGAUGACAUGAAGGACCUGGAAGCCUGGGCAGCCAACUAGACCUGCUUCAACACCUGGCCUCCAAACAGCUGGCCUCUGAUUACCUGGCCUCCAAACACCUGGCCUCCAAACAG